ACAACCAAGUUGCUUCCAAAUCUCUCUUUGGUGGUACUACUAAUCCCAGUGGAGUUACUGCAGCUGCAACCCUUGGUACCCAAGGCUUUAAUUUUGGAAGUGCAACCCCGGUACAAUCAGGAGGAGGAGGAGGCUUCUCAUUUGGAGCUACCAAACCAACUACUACUCAGUCAACAGGUGCACCAAGUAGUUUUUCUUUUGGAAACCCUGCUGGUACAACUGCUGCCAGCAUUUCUUCAGCUUCUACUGGGUUGUCUUUUGGAACUGCUGCUGGUACAACUGCUGCCAGCAUUUCUUCAGCUUCUACUGGGUUGUCUUUUGGAACUGCUGCUGGUACGACUGCUGCCAGCAUUUCUUCAGCUUCUACUGGGUUGUCUUUUGGAACUCCUGCUGGUACGACUGCUGCCAGCACUGCUCCAGUAACUGGAAUUUUGUUUG